CGUCGCUAGUUGGCGGCUACGGGGCUCGCCGAGAGUCAUAAAGCCUGCGGCGGGUUGGGGGCGGAACGCGCUCCUGCUCCAGCAUGGAAGGGCAGGCGCAGCCAGAGCUUGAAGAUGUGCAGGUGACUGAGGUGCAAGAGCCUGCCGAACCUAUUGUUACAGAUACAUCAGAUGAGGACCCAUCCCCCAUAGUUGAAUUUCCACCAUCUGUGAAACCAUCCCCAGAGGUUGAAACGCCUGCAUCUGUGGAACAGCCCCAUGUAGUAGAGUUGCCAGCAUCUGUAGAACAGCUUCCCAUGGCUGAAGCACAACGAUUCGUGGAUGAUUCCUCUGUAGCUGAAACACGGGGGUCUAUAGACCAGUCCCCUGCUGCCACUGCAUCUGUGGACAAGUCUGGAAGCAUGCCACAAGCCUCCAUGGACAAGUCCCCUAGAGCUAUGCUAAGAGCAUCCAUAGACCAGGCAGGCGGGGCUGAAUUGAAAGCAUUAGGUGAUGAAUUUCCUGAGAUUGAACAGCCUAUGGUGUACGAAGACCCCUUUGAAGUCUCCCUUACGUACAUGGAGAAACAUAAUAUUCUACAAAUAUUCCAGGAGAUCACUGAAAACCUGGUGUACAAGAAGCCUGAUCAGCCCUUGCAGUUUAUGUUGCUGCAGAUACAGUCCAUGAUGAAUGCCCAACAGCUGGCAGACUCUGGGGAGGAAAAGGAGGAAGAGCCAGAUCUAGACAUAAUGCUGUGACACCUACAGAGCAGGAAGCACUCCUUGUGGCUUCUGGCCCUGCCAAGAUAGGUGUCAGCUCUGGCCUUCAGCCAGUACUGUGCGCUCACACUAUGUGGAUAUAAGUUUGAAAAGGCCUGAGGGUAUUUAUACUUUCUGGUUUUACUCUGGGUGCUGGGCUUCCAGCUGCAUGUAAACUGUAUUACUGCAUAUCAUUAUGGAUACACAGACUUACCCAACAUAUCAGUAUACACCCACCUGGACAUUUCCUGCCACAUCUACCACACAUCAUAUACCCGUGUACACAUCCCGCAGCUAGGACUCAUCAACUCUGCAUUUCUGUACAUGCAAACCCCCUGACCCAGCAUAAACUGCACAGCUUCCAGGCUUUAUGCACAUAAGUUCAAAGCAGCCCUCAGACACCUCAACACAUCCCUGCCUUUUCUGGUCUGCUUUGGUGGGUGACCUGUCACAAUCUAUCAUGUAGUCAUUUGCUUCUAAAACAGUUUAGAACUCCACACUAGGAGGAACCACCUCUGUGUCUCUCUCACCAAGAGCCCCCUCUUCUCCAUCUGACUCUCUGCCAUCCCUGCUGACUUAAGAUCACUCUCGCCUUCUGUACUGUGCUGUUGCAACAUGUGCAGUUCCUAUAAAGACAGCUGUAAGGGAACGUUAAGCUUGCAGGAGCAUAUCUAUGGCUUCUGAGCCUGUAGCUGUGCAAGACUGCUACAGCUGAAUUAAAAAAUGAGUGUUCAAAACCCUGAAAAUUCAGAGUUAAAGCACACUUCAUAAACACAUAACUCAAAUUAUCAUUAUCUAAGCACUCAUAAUCUGCUUCAGCUCUUUCCCAGAGUGUGCUUUGCAUACUCAUGGCAGAGCUGCUCUGUAGGGGCAUUCAGAGCAAUAGCUGCUGUCAGCACUUUCCGACAUGAGACCAGGCCCAUGUACACGUUGCCUGAGAGUCUGAGGCCCUUAGCAAAACAAGAAGCAUAAUUGUUUCAACUCUGGUAUUUAAUCAAAAGUGUAUAAAAAAAAAUCUCCUAGGGAAGGUAUUACAUCAGUAGCAGCAGCCACAGUGGUAUUACUAUAGGGUCAGGUGAGGUAGUUUAGCUUUGUAGGUCAGUAAGCAAAUGCAGCUUGGCCAAAGAAAGAUAACUUAGUACUUGUUUCUGACUCAUGCUUAGGGUGCUUCUAGGAAACAACAUCAGGAGGGUUUUGGGUGCCCUGGAGUACAGCUAUAACUGAAUUUCCUCCAUUUUUGGCACUUAACUGUUUUGUGUUUUUAAUUUCUGACCUCCUUGAGUUGUAACAUGACCUAAGAUGACUGGUAUUUGUCUGCAACCUUAAUUCACAUUAAGGGUAUCUUUUGUAAGCAGAAUUUCCUUGGGGAUUUUUUCUUUGUAAACAGUUCUGAAGGCAACUGGAUAGGACUCAUGUUCCCACAAACCCUAUGAGGUCUGCAAAAGAGGAGACUCAAUCUUGCAGUCUUUAAAAAUCUCAGGGAAUUGAAUAUCCUUUUGGUGUGCUGGCCACAUCAUCUCCUGCUAUCAGUCCCCAUCCCUCAUUCUGUGGAGUGCACAUAAAGGAAGCUUCUCCCUUACAAUCUCAGAAAUUCCUCAGGUUGAAGGCUUCUGUCCUGCCAAAAAUGCAUUUCCACCUCUGUCAAGUGCCUCAUGUUUGAAGGACUAGAGUUGGUUGUUGGAGGACAGUAGAAUUAGAGUUCAAACCUCUUUCCUGCUCCUCCAGACCUCAGACUGCCUGAAAACAGGGCUUUGAUUAGGGAGCAUUGUCCCUUCGCUCAAAUGAACAACAGAAAUAGAGGAGGUCACUUGGGAACCUUUUGAUGGAAAAGGCUUUUCUACCUCUUUGACCAAUUUUUCUAGUGACCAGCCCACACGUUCAGUUCACUCUCUGCAAGGAAAAGAGCUAGAGACUUACAUUUUACAAAAAUGAAGCUGCAAGCCUCCAAAAAUGGUAUGAUCUGCUACUGUGUUUUCCUUUGUCUGAUUUGCUUCCAGGUUUGCUGAAAAAAGUUCUACCUCAGCCCCACAUCUAACCAACCACUUUUGAGGCUGAGCUACUAUUCAGGUGUACUAACUUCUUUUUUGAAGACAGAAAGCAAGCUGAAUUUAAAUUGGAAAUGUAAUUUCAGCCUGAACUCUGGAGUGGUUGUCCACUUUCCACGUGUGCCCCCAAACUGGAGAGCCAUUGUUUCCUGUAGAUAAGCUGCAUACCUAUUUUUAAUGGCAAAAUAGCAAACAUCUUGUUCUCAGGGCUCUGCAUGGAUUCACAUUUCACUCCCUGAGGCUAUCCUAUAUACAUUCCCAUGCCGUACUUGAUACCUGUAGCAUCUGGGUGUCUUCCAUGAGUGUGCUGAGCAACAUGACUAAUAUCUGUCUCAUAUUGUUUGUUCUUUCAUCUUUGUUCUUUAUGUGUAUGUAGUGGUGUGCAUACUUUUGGCAGGGUGCUUUGUUUUUGUUUUAGUUUUUGUUUGUACUAUCCUGUUGCUAUAUGUAUAUAGUGGAGAAGGAGUACAGAUGGUGAGGUCAAAGGCAGGCACCUUGCCCAUAGAGCCGAAGGUGGUAGGGCUUGGGAUGGUCAUUAUUUGCCAUUGUUCAUUCCAGCAGUCUUAGACACCAAGAAAGGCCUGUCUUCCACAUGGAAGAGCUUCAUCUUUACAGCAAACAGUUUCACUAACUGACUUUCACAGGUUCAGUCCAGCCAGCAAAUAACCUGGUAAUAGCAUGUGCUCCAGUCGCUAUCUGAUGAUAAUCACCCAUGGGCAGAAUCUGUAGGGAGUAACCGGAAGUUAUCACGUUGGCCUCAAAUUGACUUAGAUCAGCAACAUGUCUGCACCCAACUUAAAAUGGACCGGGCUUCUCAACAAUAUUAAAGGCUCAUCUGAGUACAGUUUUUAAUCAUGUGUAUAAAUGUGUUA